AUGCCCUCAGAAAAAGGGGAUUCCUCUCACCCGGCUCUGCCUGGCAUAAAGGAAGACCGGACCAUGGUGCAAGCAUCGGAAUCUCUGAUUACUCUGGUUCUGCGUAAGAUUCUGCGCUUGAUGAAACUGCCCUGGUCCCGCAAGCGCUACCCUCCUGGACCCCUUCGACUUCCCAUCAUCGGAGGCUUGUGGCGGUUUGGGUUCAUGCUCUCCCUGGAUACUUUCAUGAAGUUGGCAAAGCAAUAUGGGAACAUUUGCACUGUAUGGAUUGGGCCUAUACCUGCAGUCAUACUGUCUGGCUACAAAGCAGUCAAGGAAGGACUAAUCAACCAUUCGGAUGAUUUUGCUGACCGCCCGGAAACUCCAUUCGUGAAAAGCGCAGGGAAAAAUAGGGGUAUUGUACUUUCAAACGGUCACACCUGGAAGCAGCAGAGACGGUUCAGCGUGGUUACUAUGCGGAAGCUGGGGCUGGGGAAGAAAGGCAUGGAGCAUCAAAUAGAAGAGGCGGCCAUUGAGCUUGUGGAGAUCUUUGCACGUGCAAAGGGGCAGCCAUUUGACCCAUCCUUACACAUCAUCAAUUCAGUCUGCAAUGUGAUAUGCGCCAUGUCCUUUGGAUACCGAUUUUCUGUUGAAGAUAAAGAAUUCCUGAGGCUGAUAGAAGCCAUUCGGAUUAGCUUACAGUUUGGAGGCAGCUUCUUUCAUGGCCUCUACGAAAUUCUCCCGUUUGUCAUGAAAUAUCUCCCGGGGCCUCACAAAACCGCGUUGUCCUCCAUUGAGAUGGUCGUUUCAUUUGCGAAGAAUGAGAUAGCGAAGCACAAGGAAGACCAGACUGUGCAUGAGCCAAUAGACUUCAUUGAUUUCUAUCUAUCUCAUAUGGAGAGGAACAAGGAUGACCCCUAUUCUACCUUCAAUGAAGACAACCUGGCUCAGUGUAUUUUUGACCUCUUUAUCGCUGGAACAGAGACAACUGCUACCACUCUGCAAUGGGCGCUGCUCCUCAUGGCGACACAUCCAGAUAUUCAAGAGAAAGUCUACCAGGAGAUGGAAGAUGUUUUCGGUUCGUCUCACUCAAUUCGCUACCAAGAUCGGAAGAAGCUGCCCUACACCAAUGCUGUGAUUCAUGAGAUCCAGCGUUCAAGAUAUAUCUUUUUAAUUGGGGUUCCAAGGCAAACCGUGAAGGACGUGAACUUGCACGGUUUUCACAUUCCAAAGGGGGCUGUGAUUGCUCCAGAUCUCCGCUCUGUUCUUCUUGAUCCUAAGGAAUGGGCAACACCUGAAAAGUUCAACCCAAAUCAUUUUUUGGACGAGGACGGGCAGUUUGUGGACAGAGAAGCAUUUCUGCCAUUUGGCGCAGGUGCUCGGGUGUGUCCAGGGGAGCAACUGGCAAAGAUUGAGCUCUUCAUCUUUUUCACCAGCCUGCUGAGAGCAUUCAGGUUCCAGCUGCCAAAAGGAGUGAGAGGCGUCCUGAGGAAGCCUAUAAUAGGGCUGACGGUCCGUCCUCGCCUCUACAAAAUCUGCGCUGUUCCCCGCUGCAGCCACAUAAACAAUUAGGGGGGCUGAUCACCUACUGCAAUCUCCUCCUUUAAUCAUUUCCCGCCAUCCUCACAUUCUUUCUUGGCUUGCUCAGUUGAGGUUCUCCAAUCUCUGAUGCC